AUGGCUCUCAUUGCGACAAAACAAAUCGAACAAUCUGUCCUACUGAAUGAUGUGGACAAUUUGUCAGUAUUGGGUUUAGAACAAGGCUGCAUUUUACUUUUUUCUGCAAUUAGUAAAAGUCUUUCGAAAAAUUCAACGACACCUCGAGCUGUCAUUGGCGGUGUUCAGUUGAGCGAUGGCGAUCAGAAGAUUUAUUAUCGUCAUUCAUCAGUGGCCAAAAUUACACAUGCCAGUUUGAAUUCAGCACGAACAUUGUGCUGCUUUGUAACACGUACAGAAUCAUCAAACUAUGAUGUAUUUGUUGCUGAGAUUGGCUUACUCAACUCCAGUCGAUUAUUUUCAUUGAAAUUUUCAAGUCAAAGUUCGAUACGAGCAUAUUUAGCUCCUCAUGAUACUAUUCUAAUUCUCUAUCGCGAUACUGUCACACUCUUCCGAAUGCCUAACGGUGGAGGCACUUCUGUAGACAAAUCCAUUGCUGUGGACAAAGAAGCACAGAUAAAUGAAUGUGUAUACUAUCAAUGGGAUACACUUCAACAGCGUUUACAUAUCAUUCAAAAACGUAUAGUGUCUUCGACAAAAAUUAUUCCACCAAAUGGUUAUGAUUCGUUGAUAUACGUAGCUUAUACUAUCAACGCUAAAGGAAAAUUCGAUAUUGUUAUGAAAGUUCAUUUCGAUUUGAAACUACCGACACUGGCAACAAGUCAAUUUAGUUUCGAAAUUAUUUCCAACGAUUCCAGUCUAUUUCUCUGUUGCCAAGGAAUGAUGAAAGAAGACACUAAUAAAGUGGAAUAUGCAAUUGUUUCCCUUGGCCAUGGCCGUAGUCUCUACAUUUCAAAAAUAUUAAGCCACGAGAGUGGGGAAAUCUUUCAAUCGCGUAGAAUACAUUUUGGUCUAAUUGAGGGUGAUUAUGUUUUCGCUGUGCUACGUGGUGAAUUUGUUCAUUUAUUAAAUUUUAACAUACGGAUGAAUUUUACCAAUCAUCUAUUUUUUCCACACAAUGGAACUACUUUACCAUAUGAUACAAAGUACACUACCCAACGUGGUCUUGUCAAUCGAACGUACACUCUUCUCUACGAAAAGAGGAAUCUUUUUACGUACAAUAUUGAAGUGAAUACUGCGGAAUUGAUGAAAAUUAUAUCACCGAUCAAUAUUGAAUCCACUAUUGCGUAUGCAUUAGUAGCAUCGAAGGAUGUCAAUAUGCCAGCACAAAUAUUGGAAAAAAUUCUAUUUCAAAUGUACAAUGAUUUAAAUACAAAGACAUAUUUGAAAGAAAUACUAACAGGCUUAAUUUUCAUGCGUCUUUCUAAACGUAUUCAUCAUGAUAAAUACGUCUUAGUUUUUCCUGCGACGAUGGUCAAUCCACGACAAAUGACCUAUACGGGUAUAUCCAUCGAACCAGUCAUUCAUCAUCGGGAUCAUGGACCUGAACCUAGUGGAACGAACAAUAUCGAUAAAGAAUACUAUGAUAAACUCCGAUCAUCGUUUGAUUCAUCUCGUCGAUUCCGUCACAAAGCGCCGUGUGCACAUCCGAUAGUGAGUAAAUCGGAUAGCACUGAUUUUGGCAAUGAUGCUAUCGAUGAUUCCGGUACAAGUCGUCGUGCAUCAACAGGAGCACUUACGUCACCAACAUUUUCGCCAGGUGGACAGCUGUCAUCACGAUUCUCCUUUUUCGAUCGACAACGAAAGCAAUCAACAACUUCAAUUAAUUCGAACACAAACGAUAAUCCGAAGGCAGUACUAUUGUUAGAUACCAAGAACGAAAAUGUGUUUAACAAUAUCUCAUAUGAAUUACAACGCUUACAUCCAAGUUGGGACCAAGGCCGUAUAAAAGAAUUAGCUUAUGAAUAUGUACAAGCAACGCAAAGUCAAUGCAAUCGUCUUAUCGAUCUAUUCACCCAAUUAGCAGGAUACAAAAGUGCACAAUUAUUGGUUGACGAUGACCAUCCAUCAGCGUCAGAAAAAUACAAAUCUUUACUUGUCAUCAUUGAAAAACUAUACAUAGCAGUGGUUGAAUUGGGAUUUUCGCCGACAGAUGAACUUCAACGAACUCUACUGGAAAUAUCGUUUCGAGUCAUGCCAUUCGAUCGAUUCGUCAUGGCUAUUGAUCAGAACAUUCUGACAUUGACAGAAGAAUUUGUGAAACGUGUCAUUCUCGAAUUAGACAACGAUCAGAAAUCUUACACAAUCAAAGAACAACUAAUUCUUAUGUUACCAAACAAGAACUCGGAUACACAUUAUCGUCUAUGUUCUAUGAUGAAAAACGAUCGUGCUAAACGAACAACUGCGCAAUUGCUUGUCGCUCGAAGUUUCUCGGCAGAUAAUAAAAACCGAAGUAUAGAGACUCCAUCUGAAAACUCGAUGAUACAUGCAGUCGAGGAGAUCAUGAACGUGAACAACAAUCCAAAUGGCGCGACGAUGCAAAGUCGACUUAUCAAAGAAGCGGCAGUAACCUUUUUUCGUGACUGUAACCAACGAGGUAUCCUGGACGCAGAUGAAAUGGGUCUAGUCAAAGAUGGACUCAUCUCUUUGGCAUCCGCGGCUCCUUGA